AUGAGCAUCACAGAUGUCCUCAGUGCGGAAGACAUUGCGGCCGCCCUGCAGGAGUGCCAAGACCCAGAUACUUUUGAGCCCCAAAAAUUCUUCCAGACAUCAGGCCUCUCCAAGAUGUCGGCCAGUCAGGUGAAGGAUGUCUUUCGGUUCAUAGACAACGACCAGAGUGGAUACCUGGAUGAAGAAGAGCUUAAGUUUUUCCUCCAGAAGUUUGAGAGUGGUGCUAGAGAGCUGACCGAGACAGAGACCAAGUCCCUGAUGGCGGCUGCAGAUAACGAUGGAGAUGGAAAAAUUGGGGCUGAUGAAUUCCAGGAAAUGGUACAUUCUUAA